UGUCUUGAUGUUCACAAGGUUAUUUGACGUUCGGACUCACUGAACCAGGAAUAAAGAUACAGGAGAAAUAACACCAGGUUGUUGUAUUUUUGUGAUUCAGAGAUAGUUACUAGUCUGAAGUCAGGAUCUUGAAGCGUCAGCAUGACGAGCAGUCCACAGAGCUACAUAGAAGGUGAAGAUCCCGACUCUCAACAUGCAAAAUCAAAAAGAGGGUCAAAGGUCACAACAGAGAAAGUUGCCCUGCUGGUUCUCGGUUCCCUCCUGGCAGUUGCUUUCAUUGUGAUUUAUCGUCUCUCUUUUGAAUACAUGAGAACAAAGGAAAUGCUAAAAAAUCUGCAAGGUCUCAAAAAGGAGUGUGAACGUGUGAAAAAUCUAACAGAAUCAAAGCCAUGUUCCCAACCUGAAGUAAAAAUAAAUGAGCCAUGUUCUAAGUGUGAAGAAGGCUGGGAGCACCAUGGAGGAAAGUGCUAUUAUUUCUCUGUCAGUAAAUCAUCCUGGACUGAGAGCAGAGGUGAAUGUAGAUCUAAAGGAGGAGACCUGGUUAAGAUAGACAGCAGGGAGGAGCAGAAAUGGCUGGAUCAAAGACUGAAAGACAUAAUGAAUUAUCCUCAGGAUAAGUUCUGGUUUGGACUGACAGACUCAGCAGAAGAGGGUAGAUGGUUGUGGGUGGAUGGAUCAACACUGGACAAAAGUUUGACUUAUUGGGGCUACAACGAGCCAGAUGAUUGGAAAGGGGAUUAUCCUGAUGGAGAGGACUGUGCAAGAAUGGGGGCAAAAGGUGAAACCUCUGAUCUGAACAGUUGGUUCGAUGCUUCCUGCAACGUGGCUCACGGAAGUAUUUGUGAGAAACCAGACAUAACUGGACAACCUUCAAAGUGGUUGGAUUUUUAAAAAUAAAAUUGAAGACAAAAUUUUGUGAUUUUUUUAAAAUGUAUAUUAUUGUUAUAUGUUAU